AUGUUAUCAAUCUUAUCGAACUCAAAAAUAUUAUGGGGUCUGUGGCAAGUGGUGACAUAUUGUACUUCGCGGACGACCCUGCCCCUGUUGCUAGCGGCCGGCGUAGCAUUUCUGGUGAUGCAGGUGAUGAGCCUAGUGCGUGAGAGUCGCAAGCUCCCUCCUGGACCGUGGGGUCCUCCUAUUGUAGGCUACCUUCCUUUUGUGGGAGUCCGUCACAAGACGUUCCUGGAGCUGGCUCGCUGCUAUGGAGCGCUAUUCUCCGCACGUCUUGGAAAUCAACUGACUGUAGUGCUAAGUGACUAUAAGCUGAUCAGAGAAGCCUUUCGUCGUGAAGAAUUUACUGGGCGGCCUAGUACGCCUCUUAUGCAUACUUUGGAUGGUCUCGGUAUUAUUAACAGUGAGGGUCGCCUCUGGAAAAAUCAACGGCGUUUCUUGCACGAAAAACUACGUGAAUUUGGCAUGACAUACAUGGGAAAUGGGAAAAGAAUUAUGGAGGAAAGAAUUAAGACUGAAGUACAAGAGCUCAUGAUUAACCUACACUGCGCUGAUGGAGUGCCAAUAGACGCAAAUCCGUUAUUAGCAUUGGGCGUAUCAAACGUGAUCUGUGGCAUAACUAUGUCGGUGCGAUUCAGCCACGGUGACGCACGAUUCGCGAGGCUUAACCACCUAAUUGACGAAGGCAUGAGGUUGUUCGGUGAAAUUCACUAUGGAGAAUACGUCCCAUUAUAUAAUUACCUACCCGGAAAGGCUCAAGUCCAAGAAAAGGUGGCGAAGAAUCGUGAAGAAAUGUUUGAAUUUUACCAAACGUUGAUAGAUGAGCAUCGCAGCACUCUUGAUAUCAAUAAGGCGAGAGAUCUUAUCGAUGUUUAUCUGAUUGAAAUUGAAAAGGCUAAAAUUGAAGGUCGCGAAGGAGAACUGUUCGAGGGAAGAGACCACGAAUUGCAGCUGAAACAGAUUCUCGGCGAUCUUUUCUCUGCUGGUAUGGAAACCAUUAAGUCAUCUCUGCUGUGGAUGAUCGUGUUUAUGAUAAGAAAUCCUGAUGUGAAAAGGAAAGUUCAUGAAGAACUCGACUCUAUUAUAGGCCGCGACCGCCUGCCCACUAUCGAGGAUAUGCCCAGUCUUGUUUACACGGAAUCCGCUAUUUUAGAGACUUUGCGGAUGUCCAGCAUCGUGCCUUUGGCCACUACCCACUCUCCCACUAAGGAUGUCAACCUCAACGGCUACAGAAUUCCAGCGGGUUCUCAAGUGGUACCUCUCAUUAAUUGCGUACACAUGGAUCCUAAUCUUUGGGAUGAGCCAAACAAGUUUAACCCCAGUAGAUUCAUUGAUGACAGUGGCAAAAUCAAACGACCUGAAUACUUUAUGCCCUUCGGUGUAGGACGACGCAUGUGCUUGGGUGACGUUCUCGCCAGGAUGGAAAUGUUCAUGUUUUUCGCGAGCAUGAUGCACCAAUUCGAUGUGAAAAUGGAGCCUGGUGACGCACUUCCUUCACUGGAGGGCACGGUGGGUGCGACGAUCUCGCCUCAAGCUUUCCGCGUCAAGUUUAUUCCGCGCACGCUGCCUGCGCCCGCGGCACCGGUCGCGAGCUUUCCCGAUCACCCACAUCUACGCCAUGUCGGGUCGCACUAA